AUGAGCAACCUUUAUGAUAUAUUGGGUAAAGCAGUUAUUAAUAAAGAAAAGAAAGACGAGUUUCAAAAUUUAAUCCUUAAGAGUGAAGGAUUUAUUGACGAUGUGUUACAUGAAAAACUGAGAGAACGACAAAAAAAACGGGAUGAAAUCUUACAAGAUCUUUUUGAUAUGGAAAUUUUAAUUGAAAAUCUUAAAUUAUUUGUUAAUAUGAAAGAUAAAAGUGAAGUAGAGACGUUGACUUCCCUGGGGUGUGAUAGUUAUGUUUACGCUGACAUUAUAAAUAAAAAUAAGAUUUUUAUACAGCUAGGUUACGAAUUUUACUUAGAAAUGACACUUGAAGAGGCGAUAAAAUUUCUUAAGAAAAAAAUAAAUCUUUAUGAAGAGAAAUUGUCCUACUGGAAUAAGCAGAUAUCGCACGUUAAGGCGCACAUACAAAUUCUGAUGAGAGCAAUUUCGAAUCUUACAUGA